GCAGUGUGUGUCUGUGAGUGCGUUUGCACGUGUUUGCAGGAGACAAACCACCGGCCACCGCAACUAACCGCCGGAGAAACUGCACACCAUUGGUAUUUCUCAAACUCAGCACAAGCCACACGAGUUUUCUCCUGUGCGAUGAGAGGAAUGAGAGUGUGGAUAGCUCUUUGCGUUCUCUCUCAGAGUGUGAUUCUGGUGGUCCUCCUGAUCCCUCAGCAGGGAAAUGCCCACCCACAGUGCCUGGACUACAAGCCUCCGUUCCAGCCUCCGGAGCCCCUGCACUUCUGCAAGGAGUACGCCAAAUUUGGAUGCUGUGACUUGGACAGGGAUAACCGAAUAUCCCAGCGCUUCUAUCAGAUCAUGGACUACUUCGAUCAGACUGGAUUCAUGGCCUGUGGGAAGUACAUCCGCAGCAUUCUUUGCCAGGAAUGCUCUCCUUACGCAGCGCAUCUGUACGAUGCAGAAGACGCAAACACCCCGAUGCGGGAGCUUCCCGGCCUCUGCGGAAACUACUGCGAGGAUUUCUGGCUCCACUGCCGUUACACUCUCAGCCUUCUGAUCGACAACAACGAAACGCAUGCUAUCGAAGAAGACCGGAGCAAGUUCUGCAAAUAUCUAGAGCUGAAAGAUCCCGAGUACUGCUACCCAAACGUCCUCUCCAACUCCGCGCUCAAUGCCGACCUGGGAGACGUGAAGGCGGAUCCGCAGGGCUGCAUUCAGUUAUGUCUGGAAGAAGUGGCGAAUGGGCUUCGCAAUCCUGUGGCGAUGGUACACGCCAAUGACGGCACGCACCGCUUCUUCGUGGCGGAGCAGCUGGGUUACGUGUGGACUUACCUGGCCAACGGUUCUCGGAUCGACAGGCCCUUUCUGAACCUGACCAGGGCGGUUCUGACCUCGCCUUGGGCCGGGGAUGAGCGAGGGUUCCUCUGCAUCUCACUGCAUCCUCACUUCACAAAGGUGAAAAAGGCCUACGUUUACUACUCGGUGUCUGUGAAGAAGCAGGAGAAGAUUCGCAUCAGUGAGUUUCUCGUGUCUGAUUCGGAUAUGAAUAUGCUGGAUCACUCCUCAGAAAGGACAGUUCUAGAAGUUGAUGAGCCUGCAUCAAACCACAAUGGAGGUCAACUACUGUUUGGGUUGGAUGGAUAUCUGUACAUAUUCAUAGGAGAUGGUGGCAAAGCGGGAGACCCUUUCGGGAAGUUUGGGAAUUCUCAAAACAAGUCUACUCUUCUAGGCAAGGUCCUGCGAAUCGAUGUAGACAACAAUGACUAUGGCGCCCCCUACAGUAUCCCAUCAGACAACCCUUUUGUGGGAGAGAGGGACGCGAGGCCAGAGAUCUACGCCUACGGUGUGAGGAACAUGUGGAGGUGCUCCAUCGACAGGGGCGAUCCGGUCAGCGCUCAGGGCCGCGGCAGAAUGCUCUGCGGGGACGUCGGGCAGAAUAAAUACGAGGAAGUGGAUCUCAUCGAAAAAGGAGGAAACUAUGGAUGGAGGGCAAAGGAGGGCUUCUCUUGUUAUGACAAGAAACUCUGCACCAACUCAUCACUCAAUGAUAUCCUUCCAAUUUUUGCUUACCCACAUAAAAUCGGCAAGUCUGUCACUGGCGGCUACAUCUACAGAGGCUGCCAGAUGCCCAAUCUUAAUGGCCUGUACAUCUUUGGGGAUUUUAUGAGUGGGCGACUGAUGUCCCUAAAGGAGAACCCUGAGACUGGAAAGUGGAGCUAUAAGGAGAUUUGUAUGGGCGCUGACAAAACAUGCAGUUUCCCUAAACUAAUAAACAGCUACUACAAGUACAUCAUAUCAUUUGGUGAAGAUGAGGCAGGUGAGCUUUUCUUCCUUGCGACCGGAGCGGCCAGCGCCACAGCCAGAGCAGGAGUCGUGUAUAAGAUAGUGGAUCCCUCCAGGAGGGCUCCUCCAGGACAGUGCAACUUCAAGCCCACUCCAGUCAACAUAAAGGGCAAACUGAUUCAUUUCAGUCCUAAAGAAGAGUACGUAAUUAACAAAAAACCCUCAACAACUGCCAUUCCCAAACCAAAACCCACCAAACCCAGUGCGACCCCACGACCACGAGUACCACAAACGACGAGCCGCCGGGUUUCUCCAGCGACCACCGUCCGGCUGUCUACACCACAGCCGCGCGCUCUCCACACGACCCCGCGGCCCAGACCUCCGUCCCUGACCACCCCCAGACCCGCGUACUGGACCACCGCAAACAGGACCACCGCAAACACCCAAACCGGCAGACCGGGCAAACGAGGCCGAGGCAAGCCCAGGAGGAAAGGGGAGCGGAGGGGUCGAUCUCGAGCCGGGACGGCGAGGCUGGUCAGCGCAGACGGACACAAGGACCGCGGCCGAGUGGAGAUCUUCGUGCGGGGCGAAUGGGGCACGGUGUGCGACGACAUGUUUAACAUACAGGCUGCGGCGGUGGUCUGCAGGCAGAUGGGGUUUCCCGUGGCUCUGCGGGUGGCGAAGAGAGCCGAGCUCGGGGCGGGAGGCGUCGGUGUCAGAAUCCUGCUGGACGACGUGGAGUGCGAAGGAACCGAACGGACUCUACUGCACUGCAAACACGCCAAACUGGGCAAAAACAACUGCUCUCAUGACGAGGAUGUAGGGGUGGUUUGUGGCCAUUAUGAACAUGCAAUGGAGUGAAAGACAAUGAGCAGAUGCAGGUUGUGAUGACACAAGUAUACAGACCAAAAAUACAUCUCACAGACAAAAAAUAAAUAAAUGAGCCACUCUAAAAUUAUGACAAACUGGAAAUACCCCUAUCAAAACCAGAAUCAGAAUUGUUUUGUUGAACUUUUGAAUGUGGAAAAAUUAAAUAUCAAUCUAGACCAAGGGUGUUAGGCCACGGCCCUGCACAGUUUA